GAGUCAGAUCGCCAGGGCGGGAAAACAUUUCCUACCGAUUUAGGUUAUUUGGUUAUUAGUUGUCGUAAAUGCGCAAAGUUUGAAUUACUCACGGACUUGUGCAUUCAACUGAAAUCUUCUUGAUUCAACAAUUAAAUAAAAUGCCGUGUGAAAUUAUAACAUUGCAGCUGGGCCAAUGUGGAAAUCAAAUUGGAUUCGAAUUUUGGAAGAGAUUGUGUGCGGAGCAUGGCAUCAGUUCGGAAGGAAUCUUGGAGGAGUUUGCAACAGAAGGCACUGAUCGUAAAGAUGUAUUCUUCUAUCAGGCUGACGAUGAGCACUAUAUUCCGAGAGCAGUUCUCCUUGACUUGGAACCCCGAGUUAUCCACACCAUCAUGAACUCUCCUUACGCUAAGCUUUACAACUCGGAAAACAUCUACCUUGCAAAGCAUGGUGGUGGUGCUGGAAAUAACUGGGCAUCAGGACACUCCCAAGGAGAGAAGCUCCAGGAUGAAAUAUUUGAUAUAAUUGACAGAGAAGCAGAGGGCAGUGACAGUUUAGAGGGCUUUGUACUAUGUCAUUCAAUUGCUGGGGGUACUGGAUCGGGCUUGGGGUCAUAUCUUUUGGAGAGACUUACAGAUCGUUUCCCAAAAAAGUUGGUUCAAACAUACAGUGUGUUCCCCAAUCAGGAGGAGAUAAGUGAUGUUGUUGUGCAACCAUACAACUCACUCCUAACUAUGAAACGGCUCACUCAAAGUGCUGAUUGUGUAAAUGUACUUGAUAAUACUGCACUGAACCGUAUAGCAACAGAUCGCCUUCACAUUACGAAUCCCUCAUUUGCGCAUAUUAACACAUUGGUUUCGACAAUUAUGUCUGUUAGCACUACAACAUUAAGAUACCCAUCUUACAUGAACAACGAUCUCAUAGGAUUGAUUGCACCCCUCAUACCAACACCCCGUCUUCAUUUCCUAAUGACGGGAUACACUCCCCUCACAACUGAUACUGAGGCUACAUCUGUCCGAAAAACAACUGUCUUAGAUGUAAUGCGUAGAUUGCUGCAGCCAAAGAACAUGAUGGUGUCUACUGCCAUCGACAGAAAUGCUGCUCACUGCUACAUCUCCAUUCUAAAUAUUAUUCAGGGAGAGGUUGAUCCCACUCAAGUUCAUAAAUCCCUUCAACGUAUCAGAGAACGCAAGUUGGUGCAAUUUAUCCCUUGGGGACCUGCUAGUAUUCAAGUUGCUCUAUCUCGCAAAUCACCGUAUGUUCAAACAGCUCACAGAGUGUCUGGUCUUAUGUUGGCCAAUCACACCAACAUUUCAUCAUUGUUUGAAAGAGUUUUACAGCAGUAUGACAAAUUGCGCAAGAGAGAAGCUUUUCUGGAGCAGUUCCGGAAAGAAAAAAUGUUUGAGGACAGCCUGGAUGAAUUAGAUAACUCUCGAGAGGCAAUUCAGGAACUAAUUGAUGAGUACAAAGCAGCAGCAAGACCAGAUUACCUAACUUGGGGCAAUCGACAGGUCACUUAAUCUUCUUUAAUAGCUGCUAAUGCUCUCUCCUUAAGUUA